CUAGAUCCAUAAGCCAAAUAAGCCAAGAUGAAUAGCCUUUCUUUUUAAGCUUUUUAAGAACCUCGUUCGAUCCCGAACUGCAUUCAAAAAAGCGAGGAGGCGUACGAUAUGAUUAUACACCUAAGACAGCUCUACCAACAACAAGCUAGGCAUGAGAGAUUCCAAAUCCCCAAAGCUCUCUUUAGUUGCAAGUUUUCUGUUGGAAACUCCGUUGGUCCGCAUGUUCUCAAAAUGAUUGGCUAUGUCCAAACUCUUGAGAAAUUGGGUUUCGAACUAAGGUCUGAACUUGCAACUGAUCUGAUUCUGCAAUCGUUGCCAGAUUUGUACAAGCAGUUUGUGGUUAAUUACGAGAUACAUGAACUCGAUAAACCACUGCUAGAACUUUUGAAGAUGCUGCAAACUGCCAAAGAGAGCUCAACGAAAGGAAAGGGGAAUUAUGUCCUUUUAGUUCAAGGAGGAAAAGGUAAGAAGAAGUUCAAGAUGGCAAAGAAGAAUGGACCUAAAGGCAAGGGUAACACCAAGCCUAAGUCAAAUUCUUCUAAGCUCAAGCCUAAAGGUGGAGUAGCUAAAGAUUCUAUUUGUCAUCACUAUGGUGAAGUUGGCCACUGGAAGAGGAAUUGCAAGCAGUAUUUGGCAACCAAGAAAAAGGGUGAAGCUUCUGCUUCAGGAACUGAAGAGAAGAAGUAGGAGUGUUGAUCUUGAAGAUGCAAGGUCUCGUUUCCCAACAGUGGUAUCGGAGCCGGCUUACGAAGUUACUAGUUUAGUAGUUUUUACCGUUAUUGUUUUUGUAGAUUAGUCAAUAAAUUUUGGAGACAAAAAUUUAUCCCAUUAAAAUUUAAUUAGGUGGCCAUAUUUAGAUACUGGACCUAAUAUAAUUUUGUUUAGUAAUUUUAGGAAUUACUGUUUGGGUGCAUACGCGCGGUGUAUGCCAUAGGCAAGACUGCGUUAUAAAUCCCUCAUAAUUUUAAGUCUGUGCCACCCCGACGCCCCGUCACUCGUCAAACCCAAUUUAGAUCGGUAACGGACUCACCCAAGUGAGACGCCCGGUUUACGUUGGUUAGGCGCGAAACCCGUAACUAGGGUACUGACUCGCCCCGGGUUAGUCUUAACUAAGUCUUGGUCAUAAGGAUGAGAGACUUAGGGCACUGCGGUAGGAUCAAUAAAUAAAAUC